UCUGCAUACAUGGACUGGACUGCUUCCUCAGAAAGUAUUCAUUAUUAAACCUCACUGUGGAACGAUGGCUCCUCUCCCUGUGCUCAGAGCGGCUCUCCUGGUCUCGUUCUCCGUGCUCCUGACGGUGCUGCUGGGCUUCGGGCUGCCGGCUCUGCUGAACACCGGGACCCGGGUGCUGGGACUACCGGAGAGCAGCGUGACCGAGUGCAUCGUGGGGCUCUAUUUACUUUUUGUGUUGUACAUGGCGACGCCUCGGAUUCCAAGAGGAUUGGUGGAGGUGAAGGGGAGAGCUGUGUUUGUCACAGGCUGUGAUAGUGGAUUCGGUCGUGCUCUUUCAAAACAUCUGCACAAGCUUGGCUUCACAGUAUAUGCUGGAUGUUUGCUUAAGGACGAAGGAGGAGAGGGUGCAAAGGAACUGGAGGAGUUUCAUUCUGAUCGCAUGAAGGUAGUCCAGCUGAAUGUCUGCAGUGAGGAGCAGGUGAACCAGGCUGUGGAAUACAUCAGAGAGAACCUGGAGGACGCAGACAGAGGUCUGUGGGCUGUGGUUAACAACGCUGGUGUGUCAACAUUUGGAGAAGUCGAGUUCAUCUCCAUGGACACCUACAGGAAGGUGUCAGAGGUCAACCUGUGGGGCUCCAUCAGGGUCACCAAGGCUGUUCUGCCGCUGAUCCGCAAGGCCAAAGGUCGAGUUGUGAACAUCUCCAGCAUGAUGGGGAGGAUGGGGGGCGCCUUGAGUUCUCCGUACUGCAUUUCCAAAUACGGCGUGGAGGCCUUUUCCGAUUGCCUUCGCUACGAGAUGAAGACCUGGGGGGUGAAAGUGUCCAUCGUGGAGCCGGGGAACUUCAUGCCGGCCACGAGCAUCAUGAGCCGAGAGAGCAUGGCCAACACGGCCGACAAGCUGUGGAGCGAGGCGCCGGCGCACGUGCAGGAGGAUUAUGGGAAAGCUCGAUUUGAGAUGGUCAUGGCUCACGUGCGCUCGAACACCAACAACGGUCAGAAGGACAUGUCUCCGGUUCUGGAGGACAUCACUGACGCCAUUAUGUCCAAACGCCCGUACACUCGGUACCACCCGAUGGAGCCGCACUGGUGGAUCAGAGUCCAGCUGAUGACACAUCUGCCGGCCGCCAUGUCCGACUUCCUGUACCUCUAGAAGCUGUCAACAACACAGACUCUCAAGAGGGCUCUCUGCACUUUAAACAUUCACUGAUCAAGCCUUAAAGGUCCCCUCUUAUACUGUUUUUCAUCAAUAUAUUACAGGUCUCAGAUAUAUACAGAACCUGUCUCUGAUUGGCUGAAACACCAAAC